UUCAGUAAGUCGCUCACCCUCUUUUCCACACACAUUUCAAAUUUCUGUCAGUCCAUUUCUAAUUUCUCUCUCUCUCUUUGUAAAUUCGCUCCUCUAGAUUUCUAAAUUUCCUCCUUAGUACCUGGCUUCUUCAACUCUACCGAGAGAUACAAUUUGUGUGGAUUUUGAAAAAUGGGAGUAGAGAAUUACCAUGUUAUAGAGUUAGUAGGUGAAGGCUCGUUUGGGAAAGUGUACAAAGGCAGGCGCAAGUUCACAGGCCAGACUGUUGCAAUGAAGUUUAUUAUGAAACAUGGGAAAAGUGAGAAGGAUAUACAUAAUUUGAGACAGGAAAUUGAGAUUCUAAGAAAGUUGAAGCAUGAAAAUAUCAUUGAAAUGCUUGAUUCCUUUGAAAGCCCCCAAGAAUUCUGUGUUGUCACUGAAUUUGCGCAGGGUGAACUAUUUGAGAUUCUGGAGGAUGAUAAAUGCCUUCCUGAAGAACAGGUUCAAGCAAUUGCAAAGCAGUUGGUAAGAGCACUGCAUUAUUUGCAUUCCAACCGUAUCAUCCAUCGAGACAUGAAACCACAGAACAUACUCAUAGGUGCUGGGUCAGUGGUUAAGCUUUGUGAUUUUGGAUUUGCACGUGCCAUGUCCACAAAUACUGUGGUUUUGCGAUCCAUUAAAGGCACUCCACUGUACAUGGCUCCAGAGUUGGUACGGGAGCAACCAUACAACCACACUGCUGAUUUAUGGUCUCUUGGAGUUAUAUUGUAUGAAUUAUUUGUUGGCCAGCCCCCAUUUUAUACAAAUUCAGUUUAUGCACUUAUCCGACACAUUGUUAAGGAUCCAGUUAAAUAUCCUGAUGAUAUGAGUCCAAACUUCAAAAACUUUCUGAAGGGAUUGCUAAAUAAGGUACCACAAAAUCGAUUGACUUGGCCUGCUCUUCUUGAGCAUCCAUUUAUAAAGGAAACCUUGGAUGAACUGGAAGCCAGGGAAAUGCAAGCUGCAACUGCCGCAGCCAGGGGAUGUGAUGCAGCAUGGAGAGGUGAGGGAAAUAUGAUCCAAGCAUCAACUGAUGUGGCUGUCUCCAGUCCUGAGGGUAGAAGUAAUUCUGUUGCUGCUGUUCAGAACUGUAAUGCUCCAAAGCUUCAUAAUGAUUCUAAACUGAACAGUCCUAAUGCAGCCACAGGCAAUUCUUCACCACUUGAGGAGUUCCCUGGAUUUGCAAGUCCUAAUGAUGUUAAACAGUCAGGUAGCCAGGCAUUAGACAGAUUGGAAAACAACUCUCGCACAGUUAAAGGUGCUCAAAUAAUUGGUCAAGACAAUGAAGCUUUAGCACUUGUUUUGCUACCAUUAAAAAGAUGGUCAAAAGAAUCCCAACAUUCUUGCAGGGAUCAAGAUGUUCCAACUUCAAACCAGUCAUUGAGAAUUCUUUCAAACUUAGCUGCAGCUGGCGCAAUCCAGUCUAGCAGGUUGCUUGACGAAAUAUUAUGUGAACUUCUCGACUUCACUGCCAUAACAAUCAGCUUGAAAUCCUUGGAACUCAAUGAUUUAAUUGCAAAGAGUUUCGUUAUUAUGAAACUGUUAUUAGAUAACAAAGGCGAUGGUAUUGGAGCAUCAUAUUUCACACAUUGGGUUGCCCUAAUUGAAAUUUUUGCACAGGUUGUCGGUUCCAAUGAGGACACCUCUGGAAGAGUUCUGUAUGAGGCCAGUGCUUGCAUCACAGUUGUGUUAUCAAGAGUAGCUCAGGGUCUUAAAACCACUUCUUUGAAUUCAAGUCCUGAAGCAGUUUCUACUCCAGUAAUGAAUGAAACAAUGAAGCGUAUUUUAGAUCAUGCUAAGACAUGUGGAUUAGUUGAACAUUUAUGCCUUAGUUUAGCAACAUCAGGCUCAAGUCUCAUUUCAGGUUCUACAAAUAUGUUGCGAGCUGCUUGCGAGGCUUGUAGGGCUAUGUGGUCAUUGAUAGAUGCAGUGGAAACUCUUUUCGUGAAGUCAAAUGUGUAUUUAUUUCCACUAAAUGCUUUGUGGAGUCAUUCUUUAGUCCGACUUGACAUUAGAGACCAGGAAAGAGGUUCAUUGACUGGGACAGAUUCAGCCAGAAUUAUUGACGCAGUGACAAGAGCACUCCUAAAAUCAAAGGCUGUGCAGGUGGCUAUUUAUUAUUGCCUUCACCAACGUCUAGAGGCUGUACUCUCUGCUAGUAUUCAGCUUUUGUCAAGGUGCUGCCUGCAUAGUGCAAUUGUGCCUGGUGUUCUGUGUGGUUUGCCUAGUUCUCUUCCUGUUACUACUGUUGUUAGCGGCGGGGGAGAUGGAACUAUUGUUUCUGAGAUCUUCUCCAUUUUAUCUUUGUGUGCUUCCUCUUCAAACAAAGAUAAUCUAAUGGGUGAAACAAAUAACUUCAAGAGCAAACUAGUGAAUCCUUCUGCCCUAAUUUUGCAUUCAUGCCUUAUACUUGCAACAGUUGCUCAGUGUUUGAAGUCAACUGGAAGAAAUUCUGCACUGUUUAUGCUUACAACCUCUCCAAAGAAGCAGCUAUCCCGACUUUCAGUUAUUGCCCAUCAAUUUUCACAUGAUGACAGAACAAAAAGUUCAUUGCAACCUCAUUGUGCCUCAGCCAUGCUGGCUCUUGCAUCCAUUCUAUCUCUUGAAAGUGGAACUUCUGUUGAGUCUUCUAUUUCUGAAAUAGCAGUGCCUUUGAUUCCUCGCACUGGCACAAUCUGUGAACACCUCAAGAUUUCAACAGGCAAUGAAAGUGAAAUAGGCCCCAAUAGAGUAAAUAGUGUUCUCUCAUAUUGGCACGGCUUUAGGGAUGGGUGUGUUGGCUUAUUAGAAUCGAGACUGAAAUGGGGAGGUCCAUUAGCUGUACAACAGUUAUGUGCAAGUGGUAUCCCUCUGCUUCUUAUUGAGUUGUUAACCAACAACCAUCUGACUGCCUCUCCUCAAGGAAUGGACAGCACAAAUGAUCGAGUUGGGUUAUCCCCUCUUGGGGUCAUAUGGACAAUAUCGUCGAUAUGCCACUGUCUUCCAGGUGGCACCUCAAUUUUUCGCCAGAUAUUAGUCAAGAGUGAACAUGUCAAGCUCAUUUCGGAGUUGAUAUCUGAUGUGCAUCUCAAGCUCGUGAAGUGCUGGGGUGGGCCAGGUGGAGGGAAGGACGGUGUCAGAGACAUAACAAAUGCAGUAAUUGAUCUCUUAGCCUUUCCUUUUGUUGCUGUACAGAAUGCUCCUGGUUUGCCUUCAGCCACAGCUUCUGUAAGCAGUGGGUUCCUUCUCAGCAUGGGUUCACCUGGUGGGAGAAUAUGCAUGGAAGAUAAGAAUAUGGUUAAAGCAAUUGAGGAAGACAUGGGAAAGUAUCUUAAAAUCCUUCUGGAGGUGGGGGUGCCAGGCAUCAUUCUUCGAUGCUUGGAACAUUUGGAGUUGAAGGAUUUGGGAAGGCCGGUUGCAUUUCUAGCCAAAAUGGUGGCCCACCGGCCUCUUGCAGUUCAGCUUGUGGGCAAAGGCCUCUUGGAUCCAAACAGAGUGAGAAGAUUGCUUAAUAACUCAAGUCCAAAGGAGGUCAUGCUGGAUGCUGUGAUGAUUAUUUCUGAUCUAGCUCGUAUGGACAAGGGUUUUUAUGAUCACAUUAAUGGAGCUUCUAUAUUGGAAUUCUUGAAGGAGUUCCUUACGCACGAAGAUCCCAAUGUACGUGCAAAGGCAUGCAGCGCUCUAGGCAACAUGUGUCGGCACAGCUCCUACUUCUAUGGCUUACUGGCAAGACAUCAUAUAAUUGGCCUUCUCAUUGAUCGAUGUGCUGACCCAGAUAAACGCACGCGGAAAUUUGCUUGUUUUGCUAUUGGAAACGCCGCCUACCAUAAUGACAUGCUGUAUGAUGAGCUACGAAGAUCUAUACCUCAAUUAGCAAAUUUGCUGCUCUCAACCGAAGAAGACAAGACUAAAGCCAAUGCUGCUGGUGCAUUAAGCAAUCUUGUUCGCAAUUCCAACAAACUUUGUGAAGACAUUGUCUCUAAAGGAGCCAUGCAGGCUUUACUAAAGUUGGUGGCUGACUGUUCAGCGAUAGCCUUGAACCCAAGCAGAAGAGAUGCUGUAAAUGAAUCGCCACUAAAGAUAGCCCUUUUUUCAUUGGCAAAGAUGUGUGCGCAUCCUCCCUGCAGACAGUUCCUCCGUUCAUCGGAGUUGUUCCCAGUGAUUGGACAGCUUCGACAGUCUCCAGAAUCUACAAUUGCCAACUAUGCCUCUGUCAUAAUGAGCAAAGUUGCAGAAGCUUGAAGCACCAAAGCUAUAAAUUGUUCAAGGUACAAUGGUAUUAGCUUAGUUUAGUUUCCACUGAGCAAUAUGGCUAAUGCUAAAUGUUUGCCAAAUCUUGGCAAUCAAAAUGAAAUGAAAUACAAAGCAUUAUGAAAAUUUUUCUAUAUAGUUUAUGCUGUAACCUUCAAUUGUGAAAAUUUAAUUUCUUUGACAUUUUGUGGGAAAGCUAAAUAAUAGUUUCCCUCUUGUAUUUAUAUGAAAUUCUCUUUCCA